AUGGCGAAGGUGGUGUACGUCGUCGAGGAAGAACGGAGCUGGUUCUCGUUCUUCGUGUCGAUGCUCCUGAACAAGUGGGUCCUCCUCGCGCUGUUGAUAUGGUACGUCUAUCGGACGAUAACGGUUAAAAUCAGGAGCGCGAACCUGACGCGCGCGCAGGCGAACUCGAUGAAAUGGGGGCUCAUCGGCCUCGUCCUCUUCGCGCUCGCGGAACGAGCGGAGGAUUUCUGGGAAGGGCUAAACCCGCGCAUCAUUCGCGUCUGGCAUAUCCUCCUGCAGAUCGGUCUCGUGCGAAGAGACUCGCUGUCGCUCAAGGGCGAGGAGCACGGGCUCGGGUACUCGUUCCUCGCGUCGUUUUGCUGCUGCUUCGCCGGUCGCCUCGUCGCGGGAUUGGAAGCGUGGAGGAUCCCGGACCUCGUCGUGGACGGGACGAUAUUCGAGUUCAUCGGGUGCUGGCUGAUCGUGAGCCUCCUGACGAAGACGAAGAUGUGGUUCAUCUUCGGCUUCCCCGGUUUGCUCCUGCGGAAGAUCUUAUACGUCGGCUGGGGCUUGAACAAAAUCCGACAAAUCGAACGCGUCUGGAAGCCGUUCGCGUUCACGUUGCUCGCGUUCCCGGCGACGUACCUCCCGUGGACGACGAAGAUCUUCUACUUCACGAUACGUAACAUCGCGGGACGGACGUCGCGGAAGCUCACGGACAAGAUCAUCGCCCCGAAGAACAAGACGAAGAAGGAAGAGAAGCUCGACGCGAAGGAAGAGGCGGAGAGAAUCGCGGAGGAGGAGACGUCGUCGCAGUUCUCGCCGCCGCCGUCGGGGAAGAAGAAGAAGAAGACGGUCGUUAACAAGAAGGAGCUUCUGCACGAGCUAGACGACUUCUUCUUCGUCGCGCCGCGGACGUGGCAGAAGCAGCUCGCGUGGAACGCGGUGAUGCUGACGAUCAUGUCCAUCACCCAGGGCGACACGAUGGAAUCGAUCAUCGAGCACACGUACUGCGACGACGAGGACGACUUCUGGUGCAUUCCUCCGGCGUGGAACCUCCACGUGCACUUCCCGCGAUUUUGCUUCAUCGUCAUCGCGCUGUACAUCAUGCACUAUUACCAGCAGAUGGCCCCGCCGGUGGCGAAGUUUGCCAAGUCCGAUCCGCAAGUCGUCGCGCAACGCAAGGCGGACAAAAAAGAACGGAAGAAACGCGACAAGGAGAAGGUGAAGCAGAGGAAAGCCGCGGAGAAGGCCGCGAAGAAGACGAAGCAGGCGUGA